AUGAACGGCGUUAUUGAGGCGCUGCACAUUUACGAUGACAACCGUAAUCCUAUCCUAUCUCAUACCUACGCAGGGAGGCCGCUCUCGGCAACCCAUCUUCUACCCCUCUACCUAGAACAUCCCUCACCGCGGCCGAAUCUCAUCUACCUAGCCAACACAAGCCCUCCGACCCUCGUAUUUAGUCUGGACCAUGCGAACCUCCUGUUCCUCGCCACAUCGUCGACCGAGAUCGAGCCGCUCCUCGUCUUCGAGUUUCUACACCGCGUAAUCGAUGCCUUCGAGGACUUCCUUGGCGCGCCGCUUCUGGCCGUCAAGAUCGAGAAUAACUAUGACAUAGUCGCCCAGAUAUUAACUGAGAUGUGCGACUCUGGCACUAUUAGCACGACAGAGCCCAAUGCCUUGCGAGAAGUUGUGGAACAGGAGGGAUGGGUUGGUAAACUACUAGGAAGCAUCAACCUCCCUGGAAAAGCGCCUCUGAGCGCCAACUUCUCAAACUCGAGUUCCCCAUCCGUGAUCCCUUCGAAUACUCCCGCCCUGCCAUGGAGACGAGCGAAUGUGCGACAUACGUCCAACGAGAUGUAUGCCGAUGUCGUUGAGACCCUGUCCGUUACGCUCGCACCCUCAGGAAGGCCACUGGCCGCCUUUGCCAAUGGCACUAUUGCUUUUACAUCAAAGGUGUCAGGCGUCCCGGAUAUCACACUGACCCUGACGAGCCCGUCUGGAAAGCACAAUCUCGGGGGCAUCAUGGAGUUACCAGUCUUUCACCCUUGCGUACGGCUGAACCGAUGGAAGGAGAGGCCAGGAGAGCUGAGCUUUAUCCCACCUGACGGACGAUUUAUCCUGGCGGGCUACGAGGUGGACUUGCUACCCUUUACGAGUGGGAAGAGCGGAAGUCUGAGCUCUAAUAACCUCAAACUCCCAGUCAAUAUGGAGGUAAAGACUGGGCUCGGGGCUACAGGAUCCGAUUUCGAAGUUAGGUUACAAGUCAACAAGAUCCUCGGCGCGCCUUCUCCGUCCUCAUCGGGUCAAUUUGGAAGAGGCGGAAGUGGUGGCCGACUGGGAGGACCACAUCCAGGAUCACCAGGAGCGCCGCUGAUUGACGAUCUCACCGUCACGAUCCCAUUACCGACAGACGUUAGGAACUUGUCGGAAAUUCGACCUAGCAAGGGCGACGCUAGCUUCAACCCGGGAGAGAAGUUCCUGGAGUGGCACAUCCCCGCAAAGGAGCUCUCGGGAGGGACGUGCUACUUCGGGCUCCGGUGUACCGUCGUGGGGCCGAUCACAGGCGAGGAUGAGGACGGAUUCGACCCCAACGGUUUUGGCUUUGGGACUGAUUACACGUUUGACGGACCUUACCAGAGUGUGCCGGUGGCCAAGACAGCGAAGGACAAGGAGGGCGCCAGCGAUGAUAGGGACGUCAAGAAGAUUGCACAGAACAAGAUCCUGAUGCCAACAUCGGCAUCAGCAAGCUUUUCCAUUCGUUCACAUAAUGUUAAACAGCCGUUGGCCCAUGGCGCGCCGUGGAAAUGGAUCUCGGAGGAGGCGCCAAGGAGCGACGGAGAUCCGAAGCCGCACGAGGUCGGGGCAUCGGCUCUAAGUGUGGGGCAAGACAUCCCGACCGCUUGCUGCUGCCGCUGCUGGUGCGUCUCGAGCGGCCGGGGGGAAACUGCCUCGAGGUGCGUCAACGGCUUGCGGCUUGCGCUGGCUUUGCUAUUGGACGCCCACCCCUCAGUCCCCCCUGCCUGCUCACCCCCAAUGCCGAGAGUGCUCCUUCUGUCUGUUGCUGUUAGUGGCGCGCGAGUGCAACUUGUAAGUGACCCCGACGUCACGCAAACUGGAAGGUCCCGGAACCCCAGACCCAGGACGGCCAUGGAACGGCUCGCGACGACUUCGAUGCGGUGCCGUCGCCCUCUCACAGGCACGAGACCGUCGCUACUAUCACAGCAGCUACUGCGACAGCCGCAACCACGGAGAUGGAGGUCUACACAUCGAGGCGGCACCAGGACCGCCCUCUUCUUUCCAGGCCAGGGAGUUCAGCGGGUGGGCAUGCUAACGCCAUGGCUCGAGGCGUUCCCCUCGACGGCUUCGCAGCUCCGUGAUGAGAUCGACGAGUAUAUGGGCUACAAGCUCUCCGACAUCAUCCAGUACGGGCCCUCCAAGCUCCUCACCGAGACCCCCAACGCCCAGCCCGCCAUCAUGGCCACCUCCAUCUUCAUCCUCCGCAUCCUCGAGCGCGAGUUCGGCUUCAAGGUCACGGACCACUUCGACGUCACACUGGGCCACUCCCUCGGUGAAUUCGCCGCUGUCGUUGCCGGCGGGUACAUUUCCUUCCAGGACAGCCUGCACCUGGUGCGCAAGCGGGCCGAGGCUAUGUCGGAGGCGACGCGUCAGGCCAUCGAGCAGUACGGCGGCGAGUACGGCAUGGUGGCCGUUAUUUCGCACCCAGAGCACAUGGAAAACCUCAUCAAGGCUAUUCGCCAGUUUGUCGGCGUCUCAGCCGAGGACAUGGACGAUGUGCCGCCCAUCGAGCAGGUGCUGAUUGCAAACAUCAACAGCAAGAACCAGAUUGUCUUGAGCGGCAACAUCGAGCGCAUCAAGACCCUCAUCGCCCACCUCCGCCAGUUUUUGGGUUACGAUCCCCGCGCCGUCCGCCUCAAGGCCGACAGCCCCUUCCACAGUCCGAUCAUGAAGCCGGCCGUAACCGUGAUGCGAAACCUGCUCAACGAGGGUAGCCGGGUCAAGGGUCGCGAGAAUGAGGACAUGGUGACAUUUCCUGGCCAGCUUCCGAUAGUGAGCAAUGUGUCUGCGCGGCCCGUAUGCUGUAAGGCCGACUUCAAGGAUUUGCUAGCUCGAGGCUGCCUCGACACAGUGCGUUGGUGGGAGAGCAUCAGGUACCUCGAUCAAGAGGGUCGGAUUCGACGCUGGGUAGGCGUGGGGCCUGGCAAGGUCGGACGCAACCUCGUCGGAAAGGAGGUGGGCAUGCGCGGCAAAGAUCUAGUAAAGGGAGGAGGCGUAUGGGCGAUUACAGACCCUUCAGAUGUAGAAGAGGUUCUAAAGGGAUUAGAAGACACUGCUGGCAUCAUGGAAGAUGACGAAUAUUCAGAGUAA